CAUUUCUUCACAUAACCAUAUAAAUGCUCUCAUUCUCGGCACCUCCUCAGUGGAAGCCCUAAAACCCUAGAGGGAGAGAGAUCCGUCUCCGCCAUCAACGCAACCAUGGGGGCUUAUACCUACGUUUCGGAGCUAUGGAGGAAGAAGCAAUCGGAUGUGAUGAGGUUUCUGCUGAGGGUUCGUUGCUGGGAGUAUCGUCAGCUUCCUUCCAUUGUCCGGGUUACCAGGCCUACCCGACCCGACAAGGCCCGCCGCCUCGGGUACAAGGCCAAGCAGGGUUAUGUGGUUUACCGUGUACGGGUGAGACGUGGUGGAAGGAAGAGGCCAGUUCCCAAGGGUAUUGUAUAUGGGAAACCCACAAACCAGGGUGUUACUCAGCUGAAGUUUCAGAGAAGCAAGCGCUCAGUUGCAGAGGAGCGAGCUGGAAGAAAACUGGGUGGUCUCAGGGUUCUCAAUUCUUAUUGGAUCAAUGAGGACUCUACCUACAAAUACUAUGAGGUAAUCUUGGUUGAUCCUGCCCAUGCUGCCAUCCGCAAUGACCCUAGGAUCAACUGGUUGUGCCAGCCAGUCCACAAGCACAGAGAACUUCGUGGACUUACUUCAGCAGGGAAGAAAUACAGGGGUCUUCGUGGAAAGGGGCACUUGCACCACAAAGCACGACCAUCAAGAAGGGCUACUUGGAAGAGAAACCAGACUCUCUCCCUUCGUCGUUAUCGCUAAUCUUAGUUGUGUUUUCUUGGUGUGUUCCCUAAUUCUGGUCAGCAAUUGUUUGCUGAACAUGCUUAUUAGUUUGUCCGAGACCGGAAUGUUGAGUUGUUAUGUUUAGCACCUUGGGAAAGAUCACAAUUUUGUUAUGGCUGACGUUUUAAAAUAUACUUCUCUUGCAUAUUGAUGGUUUUAAGUUCUUCAGGCCUAUUUUGAGCCUUUGUGGCUGAAUUCUUUU